UUGAAAUUGAAGUUUUGUUUUAUCAUGGAAGAAAGGAAUCGUAGAAAAUCUAAAUUAACAUUAAUUAAUAAUGAUUUUCGAGAUGAAGAACCUAUUUACAUAUCUAAUUCAGAGAAAGAAACUCCGAAAGAAAAUAAAAAAUCAAAGAAUAAGAAGCAACUUGUGUAUAAAAUAAUAACUAGUGAAUCCGAUGAUGAAGAUAAUAAAAUACAAAAAAAUCAACGGAAUAAAUCGAAAAAACCUUCGAAAGCAGUACUAAUAACAAGCAGUGAAUCGGAUAAUAGAGAUGAGAAUCAAAAGCAUAAAAUGAAAUCACCCACUAAAAAAUUACAACAAAGUAGUCCAGAUAAGAUCGUGGAUGACCCAGAAUUGUGGAAACCUGUUGUUAUUUUGGAAAAACUAACAUUAGACGAAAAUCAGUUCUCUAAUAGUGAAAAAUCGGCUACUGAAUCUGAAGAAAUUUCAACUAAAAAAACACCUCUCAAGAAGAAAGGAGCUACUCAAGUUGGCAAGUUAAUAAAAGAAUCUGACAAAAAUCAAGGUUCCAGUAAGGUUAAUACAUCCAAUAGAGAUCAACCGGUUACUAAAUCUGAAGAAGUUUCUACUCCGAAAACGCCUAGCAAAAAGAAAAAAGUAACUAAACUUGACCAGUUAAUAGAAGAAAGUAUAAAAAUUCAAAAUUCCCCAAAGAAAAAUGAAAUAAUUACUGAAACUCCAAUUAAAACUUCACGCCGUAGUGGUAGACCGGUAAAAUUAAGCAUGAAGGCAUUGGAAUCUUCAUCAAGUUAUCGCACUCCAACUAAAAAAACUAUUUCAUCUUCUAGUAGCGAAAGUGAAUUUGAAGUAGAUGAAGACAUUGAAAAACCAACAGUUUUAUUUGAAUCGAAAGAUGUUGAAGGCAAGCAAAUAUAUGGUUUUCACACUCCAAAGAAACGUACUGCAUUACUUCAAAAAGCAAUAUCAGUUGCAAACAGUCCUUUGAGUGCCUUACGAAAGGAAACUGAAAAAAUGACACUCACACCUCGUACACCUAAAUCUACGACUAAAAAAUACGAUGCAGUUAAAACACCAGCAGCAAUUCGGAAUAAAGUUCGAAAAAAGUUGGAGCAUGUAGUUCGGGAAUUAGAAGAUGAAGAUUUUUCUGAUUUUUCACCUAGUGAAAGUGAUUAUGAUCCAUCCAAUUCAUCAUCAUCUUCAUCAUCAGACAGUGAUAAUUCUGAUGUAGAGGAAAAAGAAAUCGUUCCAGUAACUCCGAAACAAAUACGCAAUGUACGAUCUACGCGUAAAAGUCAAAAAGAAAUUACAUACAGUUUACAAUCAGACGAUUAUUUUAGUACUCAAAAUACAAAAGUAUUUACAUCAGAUAAUACGUUAGAUAAAUUAAAAAAUCCACGAUUAACACAAGAUAAAAUCAACGAUAUUUUACAAAAUGUAAAAACUAAUCGUGAACAUGUUAAAAAAAUCACCGAAUUAUCAAAAGAAUACGAAACAUAUUUCGAAAAAUGGUUAUGCUUAAUGUACGAAGGACAUUUUAGUAUUUUACUGUACGGAUUAGGCUCGAAACGUACUCUUUUAGAACAUUUUCGUUUAUAUUUACAAAAUGAAAACAGUCCGGUAAUUUUUAUAAAUGGAUUUUUUCCGAGUUUAGUUAUUAAAGAUGUUAUUGAUUUGAUUGCAAACGAUUUAUUACGAUUAAAAGAUGUUUCAUCGAAUCCAUUAGAAGCAAUUGAUGAAAUUGAUGAGUUUUUAGUGAAUAACGAUGAAAUUCAUAUUUUUUUAAUUGUAUGCAAUAUCGAUGGAGAAAUGUUACGUAGUUCGAAAACACAAAAUAUAUUAUCGAAAUUAGCGUCAAUAAAAAAUGUUCAUAUGAUUGCAUCUAUUGAUAAUAUUAAUGCUCCGUUAAUUUGGGAUCAUAAAAAAUUGAAUCGUUAUAAUUUCACGUGGUGGGAUACGACAACAUUUUUACCAUAUGCAGAAGAAACAUCAUUUGAAGGUUCUUUACUGGUACAAAAAUCGGGAACGUUAACUUUAUCUUCUUUAAAGAACAUUUUCCAAUCGUUGACAACGAAUGCUCGAGGAAUAUUUAAUAUAAUCAUUAAACAUCAUUUAGAUAAUAAGAAAGAUGCGCAUUAUCAAGGAAUAUCAUUCAAAGAUUUGUAUUGGUCAUGCCGUGAAGCGUUUCUUGUUAGUUCAGAUAUUGCUCUACGUGCUCAACUAACAGAAUUUUUAGACCACAAAUUAAUAAAAUCAAAGCGGAAUUUGGAUGGAGCCGAAUUAUUACACAUUCCAAUUGAAGGAUCUCUUUUACAACACUUUUUAGAUCAUGAAUAAUAAUAAACUUUGUUAUAUUUAAAUAAAA